AUGUCCUCUGGGAUGGCAAAACGGGAGGCCGAGAGCACCAGCCCUGUGGUGCGUCAGAUAGACAAGCAGUUCCUGGUCUGUAGCAUCUGUUUGGAUCACUACUGCAACCCCAAGGUGCUGCCCUGUCUGCACACCUUCUGUGAAAGUUGUCUCCAGAAUUACAUUCCUCCUGAGUCCCUGACGCUCUCGUGUCCAGUGUGUCGGCAGACAUCCAUUCUUCCAGAGAAAGGAGUGUGUGCUUUACAGAACAACUUCUUCAUCACUAAUCUAAUGGAGGUCCUCCAACGUGAGCCAGAGUGCUCCCGGCCAGAGGCCUGCAGCGUUUUGGAGUCGGUCAGUGCGGCAGCAGCAGGGAAGCCCCUGUGCUGUCCAAACCACGAGGGAAAGGUGAUGGAGUUUUAUUGCGAGUCAUGUGAGACCGCCAUGUGUUUGGACUGUACAGAGGGCGAGCACAGGGAGCAUGUGACUGUUCCUCUGCGGGAUGUGGUGGAACAGCACAAGACUGCGCUCAAGACGCAACUGGAAGCCAUACGCAGCAGGCUCCCUCAGCUCACAGCAGCCAUUGAGCUGGUGAGUGAGAUUUCUCGACAGCUGAAUGAAAGGAAGUGUGAGGCAGUGGCAGAGAUUACCAGCACGUUCGAGGAGCUGGAACGGGUGUUGCAUCAGCGCAAGACAGCCCUCAUAACAGACCUGGAGAACAUCUGCAGCACAAAGCAGAAGGUCCUACAGGCCCAGCUUUCAUCUCUCCUCCAGGGGAAGGAACACAUCCAGAGCAGUUGCAACUUCACCGAGCAGGCUCUCAGCCAUGGUAAUGCGACCGAGGUGCUGCUAGUUCAGAAACAGAUGAGUGAGCGGGUAACAGCUUUGGCCAGACACGACUUCCCAGAAAAGCCACAUCAGAAUGCACACCUGGAUUGUCAGGUGGAGACAGAUGGUUUGCGGCGCUCCAUCCAAAACCUGGGAGUUCUCCUCACCACAGCAGCUGUGGCUCACACCUCCGUCGCCACAGGAGAAGGCCUCCGCCACACUGUAACUGGCCAGCACAUCACCAUCACCGUGACAACAAAAGACAAAGAUGGGGAGUUGGUGCGGACAGGAAAUGCUGUUUUAAAAGCAGAGAUAACGUCAGCCGAUGGCAGCCGGGCUACAGAAACGGAGAUAACGGACAAUAAGAAUGGGACGUAUGAGGUGGGCUACACGUUACGCUCUGAGGGAGAGUACUCCUUUGCGCUGCUGCUGUAUGGACAGCCGAUACGCGGCAGCCCGUUCCGCCUGCGGGCGGUCAAGCCCUCAGAUGUGCCGCAUUCUCCAGAUGAUGUGAAGAGGAGGGUCAAAUCCCCCAGCGGGACGGGGGGUCACAUACGUCAGAAAGCAGUGCGACGUCCUUCCAGCAUGUACAGCACCACAAAGAAAAAGGAGAAUCCCAUUGAGGAUGAGCUUAUCUACAGAGUAGGUACCCGGGGAAGAGACAAAGGUGAGUUUACAAACCUGCAAGGGAUCUCAGCCUCCGGUAACGGAAGAGUGGUGGUGGCUGACAGCAACAACCAGUGCAUACAGGUAUUCUCCAAUGAUGGCCAGUUCAAAAUGCGCUUUGGGGUCAGGGGUCGGUCUCCUGGACAGUUGCAAAGACCAACUGGUGUCACUGUGGACAUGAAUGGGGACAUUGUAGUGGCCGACUAUGACAAUCGAUGGGUCAGCAUCUUCUCCUCUGAUGGCAAAUUUAAGAACAAAAUUGGUGCAGGCCGUCUCAUGGGUCCCAAGGGUGUGGCUGUCGAUAAAAAUGGCCACAUCAUCACAGUGGACAACAAAGCCUGCUGUGUCUUCAUCUUUCAGUCCAAUGGGAAGCUUGUGACUAAGUUUGGAGGCAGGGGGACAUCUGAUAGACAAUUUGCAGAAAAACUUGGCCCAAACUUAAAUAAAUCUGGCUCAGUUUUCAGUCCACACUUUGUUGCAGUUAACAACAAGAAUGAAAUUAUUGUGACAGACUUUCACAAUCACUCUGUGAAGGUAUACAGUGCUGACGGGGAGUUCUUGUUCAAAUUUGGGUCUCACGGGGAAGGCAACGGCCAGUUCAACGCCCCCACCGGUGUAGCUGUGGAUGCCAAUGGAAACAUCAUUGUUGCUGACUGGGGUAACAGCAGAAUACAGGUGUUUGACAGCACAGGGUCCUUCUUGUCCUACAUUAACACCUCGGCAGAUCCGCUGUACGGUCCUCAGGGCCUCGCCCUCACCUCAGAUGGACACGUGGCCGUUGCAGACUCCGGCAAUCAUUGCUUUAAAGUUUACAGAUACUUGCAGUAG